GAUCACCAUGGCGACGCAUCAGCGCGUAGGGUAAGCCGACACACAGAGCGAGAAAAAGCAAAAUACAAGUGAUUUUGUUCUUCACCUGUUUAUCAGCGUUAUUGUACCUUUAUUGUGACGCACUGCACGUUUCUAAAAGUUAAACAAGCGACAAAAACUGAACCAAUUUCCUCUUUUGUUCGUAGAACGUGACGAUAUUUGUAACGGUCAUCAAACUAUGGCCCGACAACACUUUCUGGUGAAAAUGGAAGAGUUUCGUUGUGUUUUUACUGUACAUUUACAUGAAAAUAGUAAAUAGAGAAUGUUUUCUCUGACUACGGCACAGUUUGGGUUCAGUGGCUCUUUCAGCGGCAAUUAUGUAAAAUAAAAGGAUUGACCAAUAUAAGGCCCAGUUUACAUAACAAUGAUCCAACGAUGAUCCAACGAAAAUGGAAUUUUUGUUUCGUUUCUGUUAACACAUCUACAUGAAGACAUUCUAAUUACAAUCUCCAAUCAAUUUAAUUAAUGCUGGUCAAACUAUUUCGAUGUGUACCGUUACCGUGUAACGGUACACAUCGAAAAGGUCGGUGAUAGGUUCUUUGAAGCUAAAUGCAUGUAUUUUAAAAAAAGUUCUACGUCGAUUCGCGCUCCAGGUAUGUUAAAUAUGGCGUCUCUACAAACGGCUCUACGUUCUUCUGGAAGUGAGAGAAUGAAUCGGUUUUGUUUAAAGUUACUGUAUACAAAAUGCCACUGACACUAUGAACUGAAUCUGUGUGGUCUGCUUAAGAUUCACUACAAAGUUUGUAAUUUUACAGUUCUUGAAGGUUCAGACCAUGGAGACCCAGUCACUUCUUCCCCGAGUGAAAAAAACAGCACUUACUCUCCUAAAACUCCCCCUCCUCUUUCUGCUGCUCUACAUCUUUAUUUGCUCACUUGACAUUUUGAGCUCUGCCUUUCAACUUGUAGGAGGAAGGGCAGCUGGGGAAAUCUUCCAGAAAAAUGCUAUCCUGUCUAACCCAGUGGCUGGCGUGGUGGUGGGGAUUCUGGUGACAGUCUUAGUCCAGAGCUCUUCCACAUCAACCUCCAUCGCAGUCAGCUUGGUGUCCUCUGGUUUGCUGGAAGUGCAGUCAGCCAUUCCCAUUAUCAUGGGAGCCAACAUCGGAACAUCAGUCACCAACACUAUUGUUGCUUUAAUGCAGGCUGGACACAGGGAAGAGUUUGAAAGGGCAUUUGCUGGAGCAACAGUUCAUGACUGCUUUAACUGGUUGUCGGUUCUGGUGCUUCUCCCUCUGGAAGUCGUUAGUGGAGUGUUAAGGCACCUGUCACAGGCUAUAGUCAACAUCCUUCAGCUGAGACGCGGAGAUGAUGCGCCUGAACUUCUGAAAGUUCUCACUAAGCCGCUGACUAAAUUGGUAAUCCAGUUGGACAAAUCAGUGCUUACAGCUCUGGCCACAGAUGACCAAAUUCAGACCAACAGGAGUAUGGUGAAGCGUUGGUGUAAAUCUGCUGUUACGAAGGGGAACAAAACAUUGUGGGGAGCACAGAACCUUUCAAGAAAAACAUAUAAAUGUAAGCAUCUGUUCGUGGACUCCUCCCUGUCAGACUUGGCCAUCGGUCUCAUCCUGCUGGUCUGCUCCUUGUUAGUCCUCUGUGUCAGCCUCUUACUGCUGGUCAAACUGUUGAACUCCCUGCUAAGGGGCCAACUGGCAAAUGUUAUAAAUAAAAUCAUUAACACAGAUUUUCCUCCCCCUUUUACCUGGGUGACAGGUUAUCUGGCUCUGUUAGCUGGAGCUGGGAUGACAUUUGUGAUCCAGAGUAGUUCUGUUUUCACAUCUGCCAUUACACCACUCAUAGGGGUUGGUGUGAUUAGUAUUGAAAGGGCUUACCCUUUGACCCUGGGGUCCAACCUUGGAACCACGGGUACAGCUCUGUUAGCAGCCCUGGCUAGUCGUGCCGAUAAGUUAGCUGCUGCCACACAGGUUGCCUUAUGCCACUUUUUCUUCAACCUCUUUGGUAUCCUCCUUUGGUAUCCGAUACCAGCCACUCGUUUACCCAUACGACUGGCCACUGCACUCGGAAAGUGCACUGCCAGGUACCGCUGGUUUGCUGUCCUCUACCUCGUCCUCUUUUUCCUGCUGUUCCCUUUGGUGGUGUUUGCUCUCUCCAUGGCUGGCUGGAAGGUGUUGACUGGAAUUGGUGUACCAGUCAUGAUAUUGAUUAUAUCUGUAAUACUGAUAAACCUCCUCCAAGCACGGAGGCCUGAGUUUUUGCCGCCAAUACUGCAGAACUGGAACUUUCUUCCUGUUUGGCUCACUUCACUGCAGCCAUGGGAUAAUCUCAUUACCAGGGUGACUCUUUGGUGUGGACAAACUAGAGGGUGUCUAAGGAGAAAUGAUGGGCCAGACGCCAGUGGAAGAGGAGAAUGGAAGGAGAACGCGGACUCCCCAGAGCCUGAUGAGAGCCAAAUAAAUCAAACAAAACAAUAUAACCGUAGUAGUUGGGUAUUAAAACUCAAUGAGGAAAGCAGAACAAAGAAAUCAACAAGGAGCUUGACUUCAGAAAACAACAUGCCAAACUAUGAGAAACACACAGACUUUCAGAAUUGGUCCACUAAACUUUAAAUCACUCACUUAUUGUGUUCCCAAGAGCCAGCUUCUGCAAGUGUGGUUUGUUGCGUGGCCUCCAAAUCCGAGGCCAUUUUCUUGAGCUGGAAAAGGGUAG